AUGGAAUUCAAAGAAAGGAUCCCUAGUUAUGGAAAAACCCUUGUUACCAUUCAAUUCGUUCCUCAAUCACACCUAUAUAUAGCCAAGUGUCAAAUGUGUGAACUCUUACCUUUGAAUAGAGCUGAAGUGAUUUGGAUCAUGGUUUCAAUAAAAUCGUUCCUGUUGGUUACUGAUUUACCUUCAAAAUUCAUAGAAAUUCCCAAUAUCUUCAUUCUUCCUCCUCCCCUUGGUGUAUAUGAAAUCGAUCGUUCUGGCUACCGCCUAAUUGCCAACCGCCUUUACAAGCACAUCUUACAGCAGGAGGCUAUGUCUUGGUUCAGUACUUUAGGCGGAGGUUUCUCGUGCUUAGGUGAUCGAUUUGAGGACGCUGCUGAAAUUGCUGGUCAGAUAUCACUCCGACAGAUGUAUUUAGCACUUACUAUGAAAAUCCCAGUCUUUCAAGCCCGUUGUAAAUUAUUUUACGCCCAGAGUUUGAUGCAACGCGGUCGUCUCAAUAUCGCCGCCAGGAUGAUCAGAGAUGUGUACGCAUUUUCCAAAACUGCUUCAGCAUUUGAUAAUCCACCAGAAGUACGCUUAAAUCUGAUGUGCCAAGGACUGUGGAAACGCUUGUCUUAUUUGUGGACGCUGCGAAAGGAAUCUAGAUUGGAAUCCCUUAGACAGGGAGAAAUUUCGCAAACGCUCAGUAAAACUACCGGUUGUGGUCGAAGGCUGUAUAAAGACAUUAAUGCUAUUCUCAGGAUCCUAUGA